AUGCGUUUUCAAUCAAGCUUUUAUUGUUUAUCCAUUACCCUUUUCAUAUUUUCCAUUGAUGCACGACUUAUUCCAUUACAACAUGCGAUCAAUGAACCGCUGACCAUUGACGUUUUAUCAACGAAUAAUGGUCUUAAUAUCCCAGUAAUUUCAUCAAAAAAUGGAGUUCUUCAACGACAAGCAACACCACCAGUUGCUAAUACGACAGUGUGUUAUCCAUUGGUUGGUUGUUUUGAUAACAAUGAACCAUUUAAUCAUGCCGCCUUAGAAGUACCGCAAUCACCAGAAUUUAUUAAUACUGCUUUUCUUCUUUUUACACAAGAACAACCAACAAAUCCGGAAUUUCUUUUCUAUGAUACAGAUGAUGAAUCAAUUAUAAGAUCCAACUUGAAUCCUUCUCGAUGGUUAAGAGUUAUUAUACAUGGUUUUCAAAAUAAUCGUGAUAGUGUUUGGAUACCAAAAUUAAAAGAUGAAUUGCUUAAAUUGAAAAAUGAUGAAAUAUCUGAUGUACUUGUUAUUGAUUGGGGUGGUGGUGCAAAAUUUCCAUUUUAUUCAAAUGCUGUUGCUAAUACUCGCCUUGUUGGUAAACAAGUGGGUUUGUUUUUACAAAAAAUACGCAAAUUAAAAGGAAUUUCAUACGAUAAAAUUCAUUGCAUUGGACAUAGUCUUGGAGCACAUACAUGCGGAUAUACAUCAAAUGCAGUUGAUAAUCAACUAAGUCGUAUAUCAGGUCUUGAUCCGGCUGGUCCAUUCUUUUCAGGAAAAAAAAUAGUUGUUCGUCUGGAUAAAGAUGAUGCUAAAUUUGUUGAUAUUAUUCAUUCAAAUACAGAAAUCGCUCUCGGACUUGGUCUUGGAAUAACUGAUGAAUCAGGUGACAUUGAUUUUUAUGCUAAUGGUGGUCAAACUCAACCUGGUUGUCCGUCAAUUGGUGCACUCAUUGGUGGUGUCUUAGGUGGUCAAAGUGAAGCUGCUUAUGAGCAAGCAUCAUGUUCACAUGGUCAUUCAGAAUGUCCAUAUACAGCUUUUCCAUGCCAUGAUUAUGAUAGUUUUAUGAAUGGUAAAUGUCUUGUAUGUCCAAUAUCUGGUUGUGCUCAAAUGGGUAAUACAAACCGUUUAUUUAAGUUUUUGUAUGCAAUUUAUCGUUCGUGUUUCCUAGGUUUUUAUUCUAUAUAUUCACUGGGUCGUGGUAAAAUGUAUAUGACAACGAAAAGCAAUUCACCAUUUUGUGGUUAUCAUUAUUUUGUUGAACUUGUACUUGAUCGAGAUAUGGCUAAAACAGGGGGUGAAAUUUAUGUAGCAAUUUAUUCAAAUUAUGAAUUAUUAGCUAAUGUUAGUAUGACUGAAAGAUCGAAUGCCGAUAUUAAAGCAGGUGAUAUUCUUCGACAUGUAUUCAGUUAUCAUCUUGAUUUGGGUAAAGUCGAUUAUGCUGUGGUAUAUUUCCAGAAAGUAAAAAUUCUUUUUGGAUGGGGUGGUCCAAAAGCUGAUGAAAUUGUUAUUUCACGUCUUCGUAUUAAAUCACUUGAAGAUACUGUUGUGUAUGGAUAUAUAUAA